AUGACAGAGAAUCAUCCCCUUCCAGCUUAUUUCAUACUCACCUUUUUCCUAAGCUGUUUGAAAUCCGGAAUAAACAAAUCCAAGCCAUGGACAGGAUUACACCAGCAACCAAACAAGCUCCGUCACGAUCCCGAAGCUUUGAACUUGGCAGCAUCGGAUUACGGGAAUAUGGUUAAGGAAGCCCCCGCCGCAGUUCUUCAACCCUCCUCGAUAAACGACGUCGUUCACUUAAUAUCCUACGCCUACAACAAUCCCAUCCCUUUUCCAAUAGCCGCUAGAGGACAAGGCCACUCCGUACGAGGCCAAGCAAUGGCCAAAAACGGCGUCGUUAUCGACAUGUCGGCACUGCGGCGGAAUCGGAAAACCGCUGGGAUUGCCGUCUUCGCCCGCCGCUGGACUGGCGAAUUAUACGCCGAUGUCGGUGGGGAGCAGCUGUGGAUCGACGUGCUGAAUGCCACGCUGGCGUAUGGGGUGACGCCAGUUUCGUGGACGGAUUAUUUGUACAUCACAGUCGGGGGAACGUUAUCAAACGGCGGGAUCAGCGGGCAGAGUUUCCGGUACGGUCCGCAGGUCAGCAAUGUGGUGGAGAUGGAUGUCGUUACUGGGAAAGGGAAUAUGGUGACUUGCUCUGCCAAAAAGAAUUCUGAGCUUUUUCAUGCCGUUCUCGGUGGUUUAGGUCAAUUUGGAAUUAUUGCUCGGGCGAGAAUCGCUUUGGAACCAGCUCCAAAUAGGGUAACUUCUAUUUUCAUCGGGCUAUUUCGUAAUAAUCUUUGAUCAUAAGGUCAGAGCUCUCGUGCAACUAAUGUGAAAAAAA